AUGUCUACUACUACUCGUGCCAUUUUCUCUCCUAUCAAAGUCGGUAACAACAACCUUCAACACCGUGUUGUUCUCGCACCUUUAACUCGUCUUCGCGCCACUUUGGAUGCGGUGCCUACCGACCUCCAAGUCGAAUACUAUAAGCAACGUGCUUCUGAAGGCGGUCUCAUGAUUACAGAAGGGACGUUUAUUCAUCGUCUCGCAGGCCAUUAUGAACUCGCACCUGGUAUUUACACACAAGAACAAAUCCAAGGUUGGAAAAAAAUCACCUCGGCUGUCCAUGAAAAGAAGGCGGUUAUCUUUUUACAGUUAUGGCAUCUAGGUCGUUCCGGACACAGUAAAUGGAACCCCAAUGGUGAACACACUGUCUCUGCCUCGGCCGUUCCUCUGUCUGGUAAAAACAGAUAUGGCGAUGACCAUGAAGUACCUCGUCCACUUGAAAUUGAUGAAAUCAAGGUCAUUGUAGAACAGUACCGACAAGCUGCAUUGAAUGCGAUCGAGGCAGGAUUUGAUGGUGUCGAACUUCAUAGUGCCAAUGGUUACUUGCUUGAUCAAUUUAUUAAUUCGGGUACCAAUCAUCGCACAGAUAUCUACGGCGGUUCUGCAGAAAACCGUACGCGUUUUACAUUGGAAGCCAUCGACGCCAUUGUUCAAGCCAUUGGCCCUGAACGUACUGCGAUUCGACUCUCCCCCGGUGAAGUAUUUCAAGACAUGCAUGAUGAUACAGAGGUUGAAACAUGGAGUCAUAUCACAUCCGAACUUCAAAAGAAUCAUCCUCAAUUAGCCUACCUUCAUUUUGUUCAGUCACGAGCAAAUAUCUUUGGCAAUGACAAACAGAUUGUACCUCUGAAUACAUUGGAACCUUACCGUCAAAUCUGGAAGGGCCCAUUUAUCACGGCCAGUGGAUUUACAACAGCUGUGGAAGCGGGAUUAGAUCUUGCUGAAUCUACGGGUAACUUGAUUGCGUUUGGACGGGCCUUUAUCGCGAAUCCCGAUCUUCCUGAACGUCUUCGUCAUGGUUGGGAACUCAACCCAUAUAACAGAAGUACAUUCUAUACUCAAGGUCCAGUAGGAUACACUGACUAUCCAUUUUAUAACGCUGCAAAGAAUUAG